CAUUAUCAAUGCUAAACAAAAAGAUCAAACUACCUUCAUAGUCACAGAUCCUAAAUCCUAACACCAUCUUAUUCAAAUACUUUACUUUUCAUGCUAAUGCACGAGAAACAUCAUAUGAUAUCUCACAGCAAUCACCAAAAGGACAAAAAUCUUAAUUUAUCACAGCUUGUGUGUUGAUGUGUAUGCACUCUCAUCUGUGCUCUCGCUUCAAAUUUCAUGAGAUUUGUAUUACUGCUGAUAAUAAAAAAAAAGGGGGGCUUUGCAGUUUGCACACCGACAAUAAAAAGACCACAAAUUAUAUGUAAAUAAAAGAUGAAGUAAGCACUUACCAGUUGGUUUGUUGAAUAUUUUCGAUUCUGAAGCGGAAAUUUCGUAUUUUUAGAAGGAAGGCCUAGAAGCUGUAGAAGGCGGAGAGUGGACGGAAAUCUCCGGUUGAAUGCUUGGACUCGGUCAGAAUCUCCGGUCUGUGCGUUUGUUUUUCUACUACAAUCUUGGACUACAUUUGUGCUGAUUCAGUCCAAAUGAAAAACAUGACUGACUCGGACGGAAUGAAGAAAAAGACACGCUUUACCCUCGAUGCUCCUUCAAUCUCCUAUAUCGCUCCUCCUCCAGAAUUGAAGCAGCAAAAAGGGCUUCUUCUUCGUCUCUCAAAGGGAUUCUUCUUCUUCGUCUCUCAUCUACUUCUACUGCUACGAGAUUCACAAAUGGUGCUCUGCUUCUGUGGGAACGUUGCUGUUGUGCGAACCUCAUGGACCUCACGAAACCCUGGUCGUCGUUUCUAUGCAUGCCCUAAAAUGGGAUCCAAAUGUGGAUUUGUGGGGUGGUUCGAUCCCCCUAUGUGUCAAAGAUUAAUUGUUAUCAUACCAGGACUGUUGAGAACAAUGAAUAGGUAUGAGGUUGAAGUGGGUCAGCUGAAGAAGUGUUUGCUUGUCUCGUGGGUUUUGUUUCUGUUGUUUGUGCUAUUUUAGAAAUAGGAAUUAGAGGUUAGGAUUUUUUUGUUGGUAAUAACCACUUAAAAAUGUUGUCUUUUGGUGCUAGAAGGUUUGAUUGGGGUUUAUAUAUGUUUACAACUGGUAAUAACCACUUAAAAAUGUUGUCUUUUGGAUCAUUGUAUAUGUAAUGCUUUUAUGACAAUGGGAAGUGUAAUGGUUUUAUCCUUUUAUGAAUAUGAAAUUAUAAA